GGGGCAAAAUCAGAGACCCCAAACUGAUUUAUUUGAACACAAAACUGUGAAAUAACAUCAGAGUAAUCACUAUUCAGCGCGGGUAUCAAAGUGCGCUUUGUUGUAUUGAACUACAAAUGCUGCAGAAAAAUAAUACUUCACAUAGCCUUCAGCAAUGUGUCGAUAUGACAGGAUGUUAUGAACAUAACACCCAACUAUUUUCUCUUUCUGUGACUGUCAGACGGGCAGAGCGAGGCAGCAGAUGUGUGCUAACACUCACCUCUUUCCCAUCUUCUCAUCACAGAUGAAACAAGCAAGCUGCAGAAAUCUGCCAGACAACAGAGAAAAAGAUGGCCUUCACAAUGCACUCAACCAAUAGCUGCCAUGCAAUUGCUGCAAACGACCUUGCAUAAAUGCUGCCUCAGAUAAGAGCCUAUUCAUAUGGAAUCUGCUGCUCACUAUCUGUUGGGCACUGCUGGAGAACAUAAAUAAAAAGGCACAGAAAAGAGUCCAAGACCCUGGACACAGGAGUGGCAAUGCACAAUGAAGAGAUUUGGCACUAAUUGCAUAUUCAAGUUAGGAUACCUGUGUGCCAUUCAUCAAACUAUGUGGCCUUUACUUGAGAAAAAGAGAGAGAUAGAGAGAAAGAACUGAAGGCAGCAUUUAAGUAAAUCAAAGAGAAUACCACAUGGUCAGAGAAGCAGAAGUUUUUCAUGAAACCCUAAAGAGGAAUUAUUUGUAUUUUUUACUAAUGUGCUGCUUUCUGAAGUGUGUUUGGUUGUCUAAAUAUGUUAAUUCUUUAACUCACUCACCAUAUGUUUGUAUUUUGUGUUUCCUCACAUCUUGUUGGGCGAAAACUUAAAUGCCUAAAGUGCUUUAAGUUUUCAGUAAUAAAUCUAGAAUAAUUAAAAAAGCUUCUAUGAAUAUGUUAUUGCCAAACAUCGACAGCACUAAGAGCUGUUGUCUUAAAGUUACUGUCAAUUUAUAUCACACGCCACAAUGUAAACACCCAGUGAAUGAUGCUGCAGUAAAUAUCUCAUGUUCACUGCUCACCAAAAGGAUUAUUUACGGCAGGGAUACAUCUCAAAAUUGUGCAGAACCUGAGCAGCAUGACUUAAGCCAACACAACUGUGCCAAGCUUUGCUUUGAUAGUAAUGAGCACUGAGCAAGUAUGACAAAGUGCCUUACUAUAUAGAGGUGGGUGUGAGUGUGUGUUUUAAGUACAUCGGAUAUUGUCACUCAAACUGGUUAAAAUGUCAAGGUUACAAGUGAAAUCAUAUACUAAGUGGUAGCAUGUCAGAAACAGUAGAAACAUGUUUGAAUUGUUCAUGAGCCGAAAGCAUAACUGGCAAAUCAGUCCUAGUAAAAAUCCUAGAGUGGUUUGUUUAUGAUUAUCCAAACAAAAUCAGAAAACUAUUGGAGAAUUAAAGGUAAAAGCCCAUGAUUAAAAAAUGUAAGUUUGGUCAAAGUUGGUGGAUGCAAACAUUUUCAUAAUCAAACCUUGAUGCAUAUGAUGUUAUACUGACUGAAAUAAAUCAUUUGUUAAUUUGAGCCAAUUUAGAUGUUUAGUCUUAAAUCCUAAAUAAAACACCACAAUAUUCGUCAUCUCACAGACCUGAAGCAUAAAUAUUUUACACCAGAUAUCAGCACUUUGUCAUAUUGUUCAACAACCAAAAGAGUCUGUUAAGAAAUAUAAAACAGGGGUACCCUUACUGGUCACCUGGUUCAGCGUGCACCCACAGUCGACACUGGCUGAGACAUGGCUGCAGCACCCAGGUCCUGAUCCAACACUCAGGUCUUUCCUGCAUGUUGUCACUACUUGAAUCAGUGAGCAGUCUUGCGAGCUCUCACCACCUAAAACACACAAAAACAGCAAAAAAGAAACAAACUUUAGAACGUAAUAACACCACCACAAGAAUCGGCAACCACAGACCCAUAUAUCAAAUCUGAAAUACAGACAUUUAUGUGGGUAAAGUAGCAGAAAAUUUCAUAAAGUGUUUAAACUUUUAUCUUUCCUAAACUUUAUGAGGGGAUUUGUUUAAAACAUGCCAUAUUUAGGAUUUACAGGGGGGAAAAAGUCAACUCAAUCAUUUCAAUACUGCCGGGAUUCUGUAUUUAAUGCUAAUUAGGAGAUUGUUAAGACAAAUACAUUUUGCUAUAAGUGCAUUCAGCAUGAAAUAAAACAGUUGAGAUUAAACACAGAGCUCCAGUGUAUAAGAAAUGCUCCAAGACUAUCAAUAGUGAAAAGAUCAUGUCUGCGUUUUGUCUGACUGCUACAUACUAAAUUAGACAAAAUGACACUGGGGCUUUUGAGGCUGGGGUUCUAUGAGCUUCUUUAAUCCAGUAUUGCUCAUACUAUACAUUUUUAAUAACCAUAGCCUCGGUGUGCAUUCAUCUAUCUGAUAACAGCUACAGCUGGCUUACAGAAACAUUAAAUGUGACAAUGAAAGCGCUUUCCUGUAGAUAUGGUUUCUAAAUAUAGCUCUAGGUCUAAAAUAUUUAUCAAACUUACGAGCUAUACAGAGGAUUACGAUGGAUUUAAGUGGACUCUCCUCCAGGACUGUAACGAGUGUGUGAUUUUCUGCUGUGUAGAAAUUGGUAUACUAAGUGUGCCACCAAGUGGACAACAUUAUGAAGUGGUUUGCUGUUGAAAUUUACUCAACAUUAGCCUACACAUUGAAGCUAGUUAGUGUAAAAAUACAUUGAAUUAUCAUUAUUACCUGUCUGGUGAAAGGAAAUAACUGCAGGGGACAUCUAAAACUAAUUUUUAGUCCUUUAUCUGUUCAACUUUUUUGUUGUUUUUCUUAUUUGCUGUGGCUGUAAAGUUGGUACAGGUGAGUUAAAUUAGCCGGUAAUUAACACGAGCUACAUAAACAGCUGUGCGCGAGCGAGCUAGCUAGGAUAUCUGUUCCUAAAAAACAAGAUAAAGCGUUUAAAGUUACUUAAAACUGUGAAAAGUCACACAAAAAUGAGUAAUGAUAUCUCAAAGCGAAAAGGGAAGAGUUCAAGUGAGAAAAAGGCCAAAAGAAAAACCAAAAGAAAAGAAACUUACGCCAUGUACAUCUAUAAAGUGUUGAAACAGGUGAGUUAAAGAAGCGGGACUUAAAAAUACGUCUGUGAAAAAGGCCAACUAACAAACAUUUCCUCGUGUCUUCCUUCACAGGUACAUCCGGACACAGGGAUUUCGAGCAGAGCCAUGAGUAUCAUGAUUUCCUUCGUGAACGACCUGUUUGAGAGGAUUGCCACGGAAGCGUCCCGACUGGCCCAGUAUAAUAAACGCUCCACCAUAACCAGCAGAGAGGUGCAAACCGCAGUGAGGCUGCUUCUGCCCGGGGAGCUGGCCAAACACGCCGUGUCUGAGGGCACGAAAGCCGUCACCAAGUACACCAGCUCCAAAUGAAGACUUCAAAACACUGUUGUUGUUACUACAGGGGUUUCAAAGGGGGCUUCAUCUGACUGCUUUCAAUAAAUACAUGGACAAAAAUGAUGGCGCCAUUUACUUUUCAAUCCUCCACUUGUUUGGGGUUGAAAAAGUGGUACUGCUUCACUAUGACCACUAGAUGGAGUAAUUGUAUAAAAUUGGACUGAGCCAACAAAAUGCACAAAUAAAACAUUUAAUGCACAAGGUACAUUAGUCUACAUAUUGGGGAUUUACUGUUAAUAUUGUUCCCCUACAAAUACCCAUAUAUUAUGGAGCGUGAAGAACUAAGAUUUACAGAUAUUAGUAUGAGGUUGGUAUUUUGGUGUUUAUCCUGACAAGGGUCACAAUAAUCAUUCAACAAUAUGCAUUUGUCUAAUUUAGCUACUUUUGCAUCAAAAAGAGAAAAAAGAAAAACAAUUCACGCAUUGAAAGCAAGUCCAUUGAAAAGCAUUGAAAAAUUUAAAUAUUUGAUCAAUUUUAAGACAAAAUUGGAGAAAACUUAAAAGUCGGGGCCUAAAGGUUUUUGAGCAGGCAUUCAUCUGGUUGAAGAGGAUUACAACAAAUAGCUCUUAAACAAGCUCACCAUUGAAUAAUAGUAACGUGUUAAAUGUAAAAGAUAGUAUGACACUAUAUCUGAGAGACGGCAGUGGGCACAUAAACAAACAUUAUACACACAGUAGUUAAUGUCAGACUUCAUCAAUCAGCUCCUCUCAUUUGGCGAGUUGUGAGGUCAAAGGUUUCCAUGGUGAUGCAACUUUUUUUGUGAAAGCCUGGAGAGACAACUAAUUUUGCUUAAUUUUAGUGAGAUUUUUUGCAGAAAUGCUUUACAUCUGAUUUCCCUGUCGUUGCUGUUGCCUCUGAGCUGCUGCCACCUCUGCUGCCUCUGAGCACCACCUACAGGUGAAACUCUGACAACUGCACUGGACUUGCUGACCAUCAUCAUCUGUAGAAAAAUAAAAUAUUACAUGAAUUAGUGUUUAAUCAACUACUAGGCACCAGGAAUUCUCUGUCUUUCAUGCAAUUGGUACCACAAACCUGUCUUCAGUGUCAAGGCAACUCAUUAAGGUGCUGUCUGCUGUUUACUUUUUUUGUACUCAUGUUUAUUAAUCAAGGUUUUAUUUUCCAAGUAUUAAACUUCACAGUGGGAUUUGGGCAAAAGUAUUGAUAAGAAUCCUUCUGAAUUCUUCCAUAUUUUUUCCACUUUUUAUUUUGCCAUUGUUACUGUGUAAAACCUCUUUAUAAUUGAGUCUUGUUGGCCUUCCCUUGGGACUGGUGUCUCUCGUGCAAUGUGAGUGCCCUCUGCUGGGCCACCUGAGGAUCUGAGCACUGCAGUCUGUGGACAAUGGCCAGUAUGUUGUAUUAUGUUACUGUGGUAGGUAGAUCUAUAAUAAGGUCUGCUAAAACAUCUCAAAUUAAACCUGUUUCUCUUGUUAAAUGUAUUGUCUCUGUGUGGUAUGUUUGAGACAGUUUCUGAGUUCACUACCAAACACUUUUGUGACAUUGUCAUAGAAUAUUUCAAGUUCACCACAUUUUUAUAUUUUGUGUGCAAAAUUUUCUGUAAUCUCUACGAUAGAAGGCUACAUUAUAACUGGUUCUUUUGGAUCUUACCCAGGACAAGUAUCCAGUUUAACAAAAUACUAAAACUAACAAUAAAACAAUUUUAAGCUUAAUUAAGAUUAAGCAUUUACAAAAACAAAACAAUAACUAAACCAAAAUUAGGAACAAUCAGGCGAAUAUUCUGUGACCUAUUCUAAGAAAUAUUGUCUGGGAGUUAUCAGUGGAACUAUUUUCUGAACUACACUGGAUUAUAAAUACAUGUAUACCUAUAAAGUAAUGUCCUUAUUGCCCAUACAAUUUCAUUUGUUCAGUUAUUUGUUCCUCAAAGGCCUACAUUGAUUUAUAAAAUUUACAGUAAUAAAUGUUUACAGAAAAACACUAGGCUUUCAAAAAACAACAAGAUAAAUCAUAUGAGAAACUUUUUCAGUUUUGACUUGAAAGAUAGGCUAAUUAAAGGCUUGUUUCUUUUUAAAAGAUUUUGCUUAUGGCAUAACAAACCUACAGACCAGCCCUGGUGCCACUGUGCAGCCCACAACAUUUUAGAUUUCUGGAGGGGGUAUUAUUCUCAUUUUCAGCCUUUGUAAUAUUCUUCUGUUACUUCAGUGGUAUCUUAACAUGAUUCUCAGCUCAGAAUCAUCUCAGAUCUCAGGCUGGUGUUUUUGAAACCAUUGAAACCUCGUCCUGAUGUAUCUUACUUCAGUUACUGUCUCUUUAAGAGCCCCCUCCUUACUCCCUCCUCCACUUUCUUCUGAUAGGCUCUCAGGGAGCAGCUUGCCGUUGCUGAGCUACUUACGGUGAACUAGAACCAGUGAACUAGCUACCUUGAAAUGACGAAAAUUAAAGUACGGUCAUGUGUUUUGCACCCUUAAUCUGACCCAAAACAUUUAGGAAGUGACACCCAGAUAACUCCCUGCAAAAAAAGAAAAGAAAGCGAUAUUUCUAUUUGGUAGGUUUUAUGUUGAUUUCGCCCCUUUUAACAUGAACUGAGCGAGUCUAGUGCAUAGACAAUGGUCUGGCACUCGCCAUGCGUGGAUCUAGUGUAACUUUUUGAGCAAGUUUUACUGACAUCCAACUUUUUAAUCUAAUGGACCUCUUUGUUUUCCAGUCAUGAAAAACACACAAUACCACACAUUUUUGAUGAAGUAGUUCCCAAUCACUCAUAAAUUCUGUUUUUAUCAACAUUUUACACAGUGAUAAAUUUAUAAGUGUUAAAAUAUACAUUUUUUAGAUGGGAAAGGAAAUUAUCUAUAGAUAAUGCCUGAGUAUUGUUUAAAAAGGAUCAAAACAUGAAAAUCUGGUUUACAAAAUUCUUUCUUGAUUUUUGGAGGUUUAUAAACUAAAACACGACUUUUGUUUAAAAACUCUAUAUUGUUUCAUAAUAUGGGGUACAUAAGUAGAUCUGUCUUUAAAUAGUACACUUAUUUCAAAGGCAAAAACUGUUUGCAGAAUCGUUUUGACCUCUGUUGGUUUAAUUCCAACCUUGAUAAGAUUAAUUAUUCAGUCAGCUUUAGAAUGGACAUACGACUAUUUAUAAACUGAUGGAGGAAAUAACGCAACAUGGUAUCCUUGUUGUUUAUCCUAAUCAGGUCUUUUAAAGACGACACUGUCAACUGAAUACUACUUGAUUACAGGAUAAUGACUACAGCGUUUGCACCAGUCCAAUCUGCAUAAAAUGCAGGAACUGAUAAAGGUCUCUCUAAUUAGGAUGGUGUUUACAUCAGGCUUUACAUACACCUAUUAUGCGACCCUUGUCAACACCCUACAAAGCCGGGCUCACUGCAGUAAUGCUCUUGAUGUGACUCUCACCAAUGACUGUUAUUGUUGAGAUACCCAUUUUACUUGUUUCCCAGCAUUCUUGGUAAUGAUAUGAAAUCUAAGGAUGUUAUUAUGAGGGUGAUACAGUUUUUGAUGGCAGUGACUUUGUUCGUGAUUAUCAUGGCCAUUUAGGUUUUGUAUCUUGCACCCUUCCCCAUAUCCCCUCUUAUGCCCAUGCCAAGUGGUAGUCAUUGCCGUCUGCUUUAGGCAGACUGCUAUGAACACAUUAUGGAUGGGUGCAUUAGUGAGUGAUGCAGAGCCUGUGCUUGCUUGCCUUGUUUUCGUGUGAGAGUGCAUCAUUAGAAAAUGUUCCACUUGGCAGGGAAGCGCGUAUUAACUGCAACCGCAAUGAAAUGAGGUUGUGAUAGAUGGUUAAAGUUAUACAGGACUAUUAGGUUGAAAUAUGAACCUCUCAAUUGUCAUGAUGAAACAGGGGGCUAUUUGCGUGGUGAUCAGUGCAUUGAGAGACAAUUGGAAUCUGCAAAGACCGAUACAAUACAUUAUAGGUGGUAGGCUCAGAGCUGAGAGAGUACAGAAAAAGUAAUCAUGCUUCCACAGAGUAGUUUGGGGCUACUGUUCUAUCCAAGGCUCUAUAAAUUCAUUUAGGUUCUCCACCAACAUCUUAGGUUUUGUGAUGAGACCUGGGGGAGAUUUGCCAACAGGGCACCUUAUCCACAACAUGUAGUGGACACUGAUGUGCACCAUAUAUAGAAGUAAAACAGCUAUAAAAGACCUUGUAAUGGCAUUGCAGACUUAAAACAGUCCAAUUUAAAGAGUGUGUGAUAUUAGGAAAAUUACAAUAGACCAGAAUCCCAAUCAGGACUGGGACACAAAAGCAUAAAAUACCCAACAUUUUAUUUUUUGCUUUAAACAAUGUUAUUAAAAAAAUGAAACAUACUCACCACUACCUCAUAUUAUAUUCAAAUUGUGAUCUUACAAGUUAUUCUACCAUUGAAAUAUAAACUACAGACUCUAUUUUUUCCCUAUAUAUAAAGUAUAUAUGUGUAUAUAUAUGAACUGAAAUCUGCUUAUUGCAUAUCGUUUGCUCUUUCACCCACUUUCCAGACAUGAUCCAAAGUGCAAUGACUUACAUAUAACUCAUUAUUGUAUGAAACACCUGAAGGAUAAUUGAUGCCAUUUCAACACUCUCUCUAAACUUAGACUUUCUUGGGGUGCACUGACUGACUUAGACUAACAACAGACCCAAUUGCAAACCCAUUAGCAUUUAAUAUUACUGUAAUUACUGUGUACAUUUCAUUAUGUUCUCAGUAUAUUAAAUGACUGCUCAGUGUGGAGGGAGGGCUAUAGUUUAAUCUCUUUCUGUAUUACUGUGUGCCACAGUACUCAAAACAGCAUUAAGAGGCACAUAAUCAGAGGGAACUAAUUGCCUAUGAUUGCGUAAAUGAAGUGCCUCACUCUCAUCAGGGCCGUUGCCGAUGUCCAGCCUCUCGCCGCCCUGGGAAAGGAAGACUGUUGACCACAAUGGUGAAAAACCAUCAGAAAAACAGCUACUGGUGGGUAAUGUGAGGAAACCAAAGAUUUAAUAUGUCUACGGGGGGCUGUGAGGGCAGGGGGUGUUUUUGCUGCUGAUGUUUUUUUGUUGCCAUCAGAGUUGCCUUCUGAGGGAAAAAAAAGAAAAAAAGAAACACGAAUGCCCACCAUUUGAGAAAUGAAUUUAUCGAAGUCGCUGUCUUUUUCCCCAUUAGUAAGUGUUUAGUUCAGCGUUUUAAAUAAUUGCGUUACCAGGAAUGAUAUUUAAAAUACAUUUGGGAGUCAAUGAGGCGGGAAAGUGCCUACAUGUUUUGCUGAUGACACCCGGGCCAUUUGGAAGACAUCAAAGUAGAGAGGAGGUAGCCCAGAUGCAUAUUAUAAACUCAUUAUGUAUAUCAUUUAAAAGGAUGUACUCCAGCCGCAAAAACAAUAUUCCUAGUCUCUCUCUGGUAAUGUGUGUUUUCAAAGUUGAAACUCUUACUCGCCUUCAGUUUAAUGUGGCAUCUAUUACCAAACUGUAACAUAAAAUAAAUGACCUCGAUUUCCACAGCAGAACAGUCGUUAAGGUAUAGAUGAGAUGCAGUGAUGCCUCUGUGUUUCCAAAUGGGAAAGAAGGUAAAACCUUCCAACAAAUAUUGUAUACUUCUCCACCUGUGGUGCCAACCUUGUUUUCAGCAAAGCUUAAAGGCACAUUGACGGACUCCAGCACGGAGGUGGAUAAGCAGACAUGGAAAUAUGUGCGUUUAGAUCAACUGUGAAAGAAAUACAGGACAUUUUGAUGAGACUCCACUAAAAGAGAUUAUUAUAUGUCAUCCUAACCAGACAUGUAAACUUAGCCUGAGUCUGGAGAGUAAGGAGAUUGGAUCACUAUUGAUGUAGUGCCCCACAAGCAUUGGAAAUGGCAGUCCAUCAGUCAAAAGAGAUGUUUGUCAGGAGCUUAGCAAGUCGGCUUAGGAGGCUUAAUUAUGCGCC